AUGGUUCGCGCUAUUCGAGGCGUACUGGUCGAGUGUGACCCAUCGAUCAAGUCCAUCAUCAUCGCCAUCGAUGCUGAGCGUAACGAGUACAUCAUCGAGGAUCUCGACGAGUCCCAUCUCGUCAUCCAGGAGCGCAUGGUCCCCCAACUCAAGAAGAAGCUAGAGGAGCGCCUCGCCGAAACGGUCCCUGUUGUUGGCAACGACUCUGACUCGGACCGGGAUGUCUGA